AAGUUUUGGGGUGGUUCAACUUCUGGAAUGGUAAGCAGCACAUUAGUCAUCAUUUAAUGUAAUUAAAUGAAUAAGGCUCUAUUUGUUUCGAUGUAAAUGCCUAAUAAACGGAGCCAGAAUGACUAAGGUAAAUUUCAAUUGAUAACCCUCCAUACUAUAUACUCCAUUAUUUUGUUCCAAUUUUCGUGUAGUCACUAGAAUUUUCUUUGGUAAUUGGAAGCUAAAAUUGAUCUGAUCCAAAGUUUUACAGAUUACCAGCAUCAAUGCUGAACACAAGCCAUAAUGUUCAAAGACACCACCUCAAACCCUAAUUUAAUAGUGGUUGCAUUCAGAGGAACAGAGCCCUUUGACGCGGACCAAUGGAGGACAAACAUCGAUAUCUCAUGGUAUCAGCUGAAAGGCGCCGCGGGUAGGAUCCACAGUGGCUUUUUGAGAGCCCUGGGUUUGCAGAAGAAAACGGGCUGGCCCAAGUACAUGAUAGACGAGGGCUCGGGCCGACAAUACGCUUACUACACCCUCAGACAGAAACUCAAAGAGGAACUGAAAAAGGAUAAAAACGUAAAGUUUAUACUGACAGGACAUGGCUUGGGAGGGGCAUUAGCGAUUUUGUUCGCGGCAGGGUUAGUGUUGCACGAGGAGAAAGAGUUGUUGGAGAGUUUGGAUUGGGUGUACACUUUCGGGCAGCCUAUGGUGGGGAAUGAGCAAUUUGGGAACUGGAUGGGGGAGAAAAUGAGGAUUCAUGAUGUGAAGUAUUUGAGGUAUGUUUACUGCAAUGAUGUGGUGCCUAGGCUGCCGUACGAUGAUCAAACCCGAAUCUUGUACAAGCACUUUGGGCCUUGUCUUUACGUCAACAGCUUCUACAGAGGGAAGGUCGUGAGGGAGGAACCCGACGAGAAUUACUUCUCCUUGUUAUGGGCAAUACCCAAGAACCAAAAUGCUGUUUGGGAGCUGGUUAGGAGUUUGAUACUCCCAUACAUGUGUGGUCUAGACUAUAAGGAAACCUGGUUUAUGACACUGGUUAGGCUAUUUGGAACGUUGAUCCCGGGGUUAGCAGCUCAUUGUCCUCAAGACUACGAUAUUGCCAUAAGAAUUGGAUUCUUUCCUUCGGAGUCGAUCCUUGUCCAACAAGUUGUAAAUGGUAACCAUGACUAGUUCAGCAUUAAUCUUUCUCCAUUUGUACCAAGUAGCCGAUAAUAAGUUCAUCUGAA